GGGGCGGGGCAGGGGCGGGGCCAGUCCGAAGGAAGUGCGGGCAGUGCAAGGUAUUCUGGGGCCGGAAGUGGGACGCACGCUGCGGGCUGGCGGUCAUGGCGGCGGCGCGGGGCCGCAAGCGGCGUCUGGCGGAACUGACGGUGGACGAGUUCCUGGCCUCGGGCUUUGAUACCGAGUCCGAAUCGGAGCCCGAAGGAGUCCUCGAAGCGGAGCCGCGGGCCGCAUGUGGAGCCGCGUGGAGCCCGGAUAGGCCGGUCGGGAGCCCCUCGGCCAGGCAGCAUAAAGGCCGAGCGUCAGAGCACAAGGACCAGCUCUCUCGGCUGAAAGACAAAGACCCAGAGUUCUACAGGUUCCUCCAGGAGAAUGACCAGAGCCUGCUGAACUUCAGUGACUCAGACAGCUCUGAGGAUGAAGAGGAGCAGCUCCACUCUUUGCCAGAUGUGCUGGAAGAAGUGAGUGAGGAGGGGGAAGGUGAAGACGAUGAGGACAACGUCCCCAGAGGACCAAAAGGGAAGAAGAGGGACUUGGCCCCUGUGACCCUCGCCAUGGUUGACAGGUGGAAGCAGGCGGCAAAGCAGCACCUUACUCCAAAGCUGUUCCACGAAGUUGUGCAGGCGUUUCGAGCAGCUGUAGCCACCACCCAAGGAGACCAAGAAGUUUCCGAGGCCAGGAGAUUCCAGGUCACAGAUAGUGCUGCAUUCAAUGCUCUGGUCACCUUCUGCACCAGAGACCUCCUUGGCUGCCUCCAGAAGCUGCUGUUUGGAAAAGUCCCAAAGGAGAACGGCAGGGUGCCGCAGCCGUCUGCCAGCCCACGGUGGGGGAGGCUCCGGCUGGAUGUCAAGGCUUACCUGAGCUCAGUCACACAGCUGGUGGCCUGUGUAGCAGAGGUGACAGUGGCAGCUGCCGUCCUCCGGCACAUCAGCAGCUCUGUGCUCUACUACCUGACCUUCCCCAAGCAGUGCCGCAUACUGCUCAAGAGGAUGGUGGCCCUGUGGAGCACCGGCGAGGAGACGCUGCGCGUGCUGGCCUUCCUGGUCCUCGUCAGAGUGUGCCGGCACAGGAAGGAUGUGCUCCUGAGCCCCGUCCUCAAGCAAAUGUACAUCACGUAUGUGAGGAACUGCAAGUUCACCUCCCCCAGUGCCCUGCCCCUCAUCAGCUUCAUGCAGCGGACCUUGACAGAGCUGCUUGCCCUGGACACAGGUGUUGCCUACCAACACGCCUUCCUGUACAUCCGCCAGCUCGCUGUCCACCUGCGCAAUGCCAUGACCACACGGAAGAAGGAGACCUACCAGUCAGUGUACAACUGGCAAUUUGUGCACUGCCUCUGCCUGUGGGGCCGCGUCCUCAGCACCAUCCAUCCCAGCGAAGCCCUGCAGCCCCUGAUAUACCCUCUCUCCCAGGUUGUCAUCGGCUGCAUCAAGCUGGUCCCCACCGCCCGCUUCUACCCGCUGCGCAUGCACUGUGUGCGCACCCUGACGCUGCUCUCGGAGAGCACCGGCACCUUCAUCCCAGUGCUGCCAUUCCUCCUCGAGGUGUUUCAGCAGGUCGACUUCAAUAGGAGGCCGGGGCGCAUGAGCUCCAAGCCCAUCAACUUUGCUGUGGUCCUGAAGCUGUCCAAGGUUAACCUGCAGGAGAAGGCAUACCGGGAUGGCCUGGUGGAACAGCUGUAUGACCUCACCCUGGAGUACCUGCAGGGCCAGGCCCACAGCGUCGCGUUCCCCGAACUAGCUCUGCCUGCCGUCCUGCAGCUGAAAUUCUUCCUCCGGGAGUGCAAGGUGGCUANUUUGAGAGGAGGCGUGAGGGGUUUAGAAGGUUUUCCUGAUGAGAUGACAUGA